AUGGCCGCCCCUUCUCCGCCCGACAUGCUCUUCGAGGCGGACGCCCGCCUCGUCAACGUCUCGUGCUUCGAUCUCCUGCUCAUCGAGCUCGUCCCUCUCGCGGAACGCAUGGCACGCGCGUACGAGGCCUCGCUCGAUCGACCUGGCCCGCCCCUUUCGUCGGCAGGAGGGAGGACAUCGAAGCGUGCGUCGCGAGGCUCGGGCCUGACUCCCACAACGGGUUCCAGCACAAAUGCGAACACAACAUCGGGAACAGGAGCAGGAGCAGGAGCAGGUACAUCCACAGGCACAGGCGCCCCAGCCAUCACAGUCACGAACCCCAACGCCGCGGCGUCGACGUCCACGACCACCACCACAGCGGCGGCGGGUCCCUCGCUCCUCGCGUCGGACGGCCUGCCCUCUACGCCCAUCUUCGCGGAUAGCGUGUACGUGCGUCUGGAGCGGCUGGGGUUCCGUGUCGGGGAGGGCCUCUCGGAGCGGUUCUCGCGCGACAGGCCGCGCUUCCAGAAUUACGCGGGCAGUGUUGGGUCCGGCCUGGCUGGACCGGGCAUAGGCGGCGCAGGCGGCGCAGGGACGGCGGCGGGGAUGGGGAUAGGCAACAUCAACGACCAUCACUUGGACGUCAUCAAGUUCUUGUGCAAGGAUAUCUGGACCGUGGUGUGGAAGAAGCAGGUCGACAAUUUGAAGACGAAUCACAGGGGCGUUUUCGUUCUCACAGAUGCCAAGUUCCGACCUCUGAUGCGAAUGGCCAUGGUCACCAGUGCCGAAGCCGUCCAACGCGCCCAGCCGCAUUUGUUCUUCCCGUGCGGGAUCAUCAGGGGAGUCUUGGCGAGUUUGGGCAUCAAGGCGACUGUGCAGGCUGAGACGAGCGAGUUACCGGGCGCGGUGUUCCAGAUUAAGACGAUUCAAGAGCCGACUAAGAGGGUCGGCGUAUGA